GUCAUGGCGGCGUCCAGGCUGUGGGGGGUCUUGGCCUGCCUCUCGCUGCUGCUCCUCCUCCUCCUCCCGGCCGACGCCGUCUACGAGGACCAAGUGGGCAAGUUUGACUGGAGACAGCAGUAUGUGGGAAAGCUGAAAUUUGCUUCCUUGGAGGCCUCCCAGGGCUCCAAGAAGCUUAUUGUAGCCACAGAAAAGAAUGUGAUGGCUGCUUUCAAUUCCAGGACAGGAGAAAUCCUGUGGCGCCAUGUGGACAAAGGGACAACAGAAGGGGUGGUAGACACCAUGCUGAUCCAUGGACAAGAUGCCAUCACUGUUUCCAAUGGGGGUCGCAUCCUUCGAUCCUGGGAGACCAACAUUGGAGGCUUGAAUUGGGAGACAUCCAUGGACACGGGCAGUUUCCAGAUGGCAAGUUUGGUGGGACUGCAGGACUCUGUAAAGUACGUGGCGGUCUUGAAGAAAGGUGCGCUGUCCCUUCACUACCUCUCCAACGGCCACCAGAAAUGGGUGGAGCAGUUACCCGACAGCGAGACUGUCCAGUAUCAGCUGGUGUAUUCUUAUGGAACCGAUGUGGUGUAUGUCCUUGGGGUCUCUCCUCAGAGCCAUGUGAACAUCCUCGCCUUCAGUGUUGAAGAUGGUGAAAUUGCAAAACAGAGUAGGGUGGAAGCCCCCUGGAUAAGAAGCCUCAGCCAGUCUUGCGCAGUCAUGGGAGAGGCUGUGCUGGUGUGCGUGGACUUGGCCACGGCCUCCCUUUACACCUUCUCCCUGGACUCCAACGAAGAGAUGAAGCAGGUUCUGCUGGAGUCCCUUGGACUCCAAUUCACGGAGACUUUCCAGGCCCGUCUCUGGUCCACUCAGCCGAAUCCUGCCAGCGCUUCCCGAGCUCAGUUCUUCGUGCAGCUCUCCCCGACCCAUUUUGCGCUGCUGCAGCAUCGGAAUGGCGUGCUGAGCCUCCUCCGGGAUUUCCCGCAGGCGGGCCUCGUGACCUUUGCAACGACGAAUGAGAAGACGGUGGCUGCAGUCCUGACUUGCAAGGCGGAAGCGGAAUUCCUGUCUUGCCACAACCGGUCGUAUGUAACUAACUUGUACUUGGCAGAAACUGGGCAAAAGCUGCUGGAUACAACCAUCUCCUUCACCUUGGAGAAAAGCAGCCCCCGGCCUGAGCAGCUCUACAUUCAGGUCUUUCUGAAGAAGGACGAUUCUGUCGGUUACCGGACUCUGGUGCAAACGGCUGAUCACAUGCUCUUAUUCCUCCAGCAACCAGGGAAAGUUCUGUGGAGCAGAGAAGAAUCUCUGGCGGAAGUGGUCAGUCUGCAGAUGGUGGACCUCCCCCUGACGGGCGCGCAGGCCGAACUGGAGGGCGAAUUUGGAAAGAAAGCAGACGGCUUGCUGGGCAUGGUCCUGAAGCGCUUGUCCUCCCAGCUCAUCUUGCUGCAGGCCUGGACCGCUCACCUCUGGAAGAUGUUCUACGAUGCCCGCAGGCCCCGGAGCCUGAUCAAGAACGAGAUCAACAUCGACAACCUGGCCAGGGACGAGUUCAACCUGCAGAAGAUGAUUGUGGUGGUGACGGCCUCCGGGAAGCUCUUUGGCAUUGAAAGCAGCUCCGGCACGAUCCUGUGGAAGCAGUACCUCCAGGAUGUGAAGCCGGGCUCCUCCUUCAAGCUGAUGGUCCAGAGGACAACGGCUCACUUCCCCCACCCCCCGCAGUGCACCCUCCUGGUCAAGGGCAAGGAGACCGGCCAGAGCAGCCUGUACGUCUUCAACCCCAUCUUUGGGAGGUGGAGUCAGGUGGCCCCUCCGGUGCUGAAGCGCCCGAUCCUCCAGUCGCUGCUUCUGCCCAUCAUGGACCAAGAUUACGCCAAAGUGCUGCUGCUGAUCGAUGACGAAUACAAGGUGACUGUUUUCCCGGCGACGAAGAACGUCCUCCGGCAGUUGGAGGAGAUGGCCCCCUCCGUCUCAUUCUACUUGGCAGAUGUGGAGCAGGGCAAGUUGACCGGGAGGCAGCUGCGCAAGGACUUGACGACAGAGCAGAGCUGGGAGAUCAGCAUCCCUCCGGACGUACAGCGGAUCGUGACCGUGAAGGGGAAGAGAGCCAAUGAGCAUGUCCAUUCCCAGGGCCGUGUGAUGGGGGACCGCAGCGUGCUUUACAAGUCUCUGAACCCAAACCUGCUGGCGGUGGUGACGGAGAGCGCGGACGGCCACCACGAGCGCACGUUCAUCGGGAUCUACUUGAUUGACAGCGUCACGGGCCGGAUCAUCCACUCCUCGGUGCAACGGAAGGCCAAGGGACCCGUCCACAUUGUGCAUUCGGAAAACUGGGUGGUGUAUCAGUAUUGGAACACCAAGGCCCGCCGGAACGAGUUGACGGUACUGGAGCUGUAUGAGGGGACAGAGCAGUACAAUGCCACAGCCUUCAGCUCCCUGGACCGCCCGUUCUUGCCGCAGGUCCUCCAGCAGUCGUACAUCUUCCCCUCGGCUAUCAGCGCCAUGGAGGUCACCAUCACGGAGCGGGGCAUCACCAGCCGCCACCUGCUCAUUGGGCUUCCUUCUGGAGCAAUUCUUUCCCUCCCCAAGGCUCUCUUGGAUCCACGGCGGCCAGAGAUCCCCACAGAGCAAACCAGGGAAGAAAACCUGAUCCCCUACUCCCCAGACGUUCAGAUCCACGCUGAGAGAUUCAUCAACUACAACCAAACCAUAUCCCGAAUGAGGGGGAUCUAUACAGCCCCCUCGGGCCUGGAGUCGACAUGCCUGGUGGUGGCGUACGGAUUGGACCUCUACCAGACCCGCGUCUACCCGUCCAAGCAGUUCGACGUCUUGAAGGACGACUACGACUAUGUCCUGAUCAGCAGCGUGCUGUUCGGCCUGGUCUUUGCCACCAUGAUCACGAAGAGGCUGGCGCAAGUGAAGCUGCUGAAUCGCGCCUGGCGAUAACCGGAGGGAGGGAGGGAGGGAGGGAGGGACCUGCCCGGCUGGAACAGCGGAGCCCGGCUGCGGGGAGUCGGGCUGGGUCGUCGGUUGCUUUGCAGAGGGUGCGAUGGGAAGCAAGACCGCCCCCCCCGGGGCUGUUGUCUCUCUUGUUUUUUGGCUGGGUGUCUUGUCAGAAAAGCACAACGUUACUGAAGGUGGCAAAAUGAGGUGGGGGGGAGGGCAGGACAGAAGACUCCCCCUCUUGGGGGAGGAAUGACAGGAAAGAGAAUUUUCUAUAAGCCCACAAGAAAAUGUGAAACUGCUUUCCCCUUUGGGCUGCAAUUGGCCACGGGGACCCUGUUUUAAGAAUCUUUUAGUAUGUUACUGAUUCGUCUCCUUGAACCACCUUGAAAGAAGGAAAAGAGUUCUCAGCCCGUCUGUCUGCUAAAAUUUUGGUUGGGGGAGGAGAAGGCCCGCCUGUGGUUUAGGAAUACUUUGUAAAUACAUGGAACAGGGGGUGGGUGGGGGGUUGUUUAGCGGAAAUCUGGGAAAUGAACACUAGUGAAAAUGGAUGUGAAGGCAGUACAGGGCCGUGUGAUGACUUUGGGAAAGGGGCACGAAGCAACCUGAAACCCCCCCCCCCUGUCCUUUGACUGCACUGAACUCUUUCCCCCUUUUAACUGUAGGAGUGAACCUGGUUCCUCAGACUUUCUUGGUGAUCUUUUCGCUUACCAUUAAAUUAUGCUGAACUAGAUGUAUUGAAUGUUACCACUCGAAACUAGCCCCCCCCCCAUGUUGGCUCGUGGGUCUACUUGAAACUCGUUUGGAAUAACAAAUGCUUUGGACCGUU